AUGAUUGACCCAAUUGAUAAAAUUAUUGAAGAAACAUUUGUUUAUAAAAUUGACAUGCUUCAUAAUCUUUCUUUAUCAUCGAAUGCAUCAAUGAUUCGUUACGCGUUAGCAUAUAAGAACUUCAAUCCUAACGAAACAUAUCCAGAAGAAGAAAAUGUGGAAUCAAGUUUUGAAUUAACAAAAAAGUAUUGGAAAUAUAAAAUUGAUUCAUAUAAGAAACAAGAUGAAAAAGCAGAAAGGGAUACUAAAAACAAUGUUUCAAUGGAUGACUAUCAAUACUAUCACGAUUUAAUCCUUUCAUCUAAAUGCAAAAUGUGUGGUAAAGCGUUUACAUAUGCUAAUAAACCAACAUUAGAUAGAAUCGAUAAUGAAAAACCACAUACCAAAGAAAAUUGUCAGUUAAUGUGUUGUUAUUGCAAUGUCGUAAAAUCAAAUAAAGAUGAAGAUGUUCAACGUUUAAGAAUCAAUUUAAGAAAUUAUACAUUAAAAAAUAAUUUACCAAUGACUCUAGAUUCAGUUGAAGCUUAUCACAUCCUCCGUAAUGGAAUUACUGGUGGUUUAUCAAAUGUUCAACAUAGAGUAAAUCUUAAAGGAAUCACGCACAUUAAUAAACUUUCAUAUAAUCCAGAAACUAAAACUGUAUCAAAUGAGGACACUUCCAACAUUAUGACUCAUUUCGUUGGUGUUGACUUUAAUUCAUUAUAUCCUUCAUCAUUUUCAUCUAAUCCUCAUGAUUUCAUUCAAUAUACUGACCAUAAAAU